GCCAUUUUAGAGGAAAACAUACCACCACUACGUGAUGCGAUGGUGGUCGUCCGGCGGUACGUGGAGCUGCUGUCGCGGUGCCGCGGCGGCGCGGACGCGCGCCCGAUCGCGCGGAUCCAGGCGGCCCUGGUCACGUCAGGCCUGCUCCGGCGCAGCACGGAGCUCCACGACGCGCUCAUCCGGGCGCACGCGAGCUCCGGGCGGCCGCAGGCGGCGCUCCCGCUCUACGCGCACCUCAUCCGCGCGGGCCUCUUCCCGACCCCGCACACCCUCCCCUCCCUCCUCAAGUCGCUCGCGCUCUCCCCCGCCGUCCCCGGCGCGCGCCGCCUCGCGCUCGCCGUCCACGCCCACGCCGUCAGGCUCGGCCUCGCGGGGUUCCUCCUCGUGAACAACGCGCUCAUCCGCGUCCACGCGGGCCUGCUCGGCCGCCUGGCCGACGCGCACCUGCUGCUGCGCACCUCGGCUGCCGUCGACGCCUCCACGUUCAACACGCUUAUCACGGCGCACGCGAGGGCUGGGCGAGUCGCCGACGCCCGCUCGCUGUUCGACGAAAUGCCUGAGAGGAAUGCCGUGUCCUGGAGCGCCAUGGUGAAUGGAUACGUGCAGGCCGGGGACGGGAGGGAGGCGCUGGGGGUGUUCUCUCAGAUGCAGGCACAAGGUGUCCGCCCGGACGACACGGUUCUCGUCGGGGUGCUUGCCGCGUGCGCGCAGCUGGGUGCUCUGGAGCAGGGGAAGUGGGUGCAUGGUUACCUCAAAGCAAACAAUAUCAGGAUGACCGUGUUUUUGGGCACUGCACUGGUUGAUAUGUAUGCCAAAUGUGGCGAGGUGCAGCUUGGAAUGGAGGUGUUUGAAGGAAUGAAGGACAAGAAUGUGCUGGCCUGGACUACCAUGAUAAAGGGCCUGGCUAUGCACGGCCGAGGCUCAGACUCAUUGACACUCUUCUCCCAGAUGGAGAGCUCAGGUGUUAAGCCGGAUGACAUUGCCUUCAUUGGUGCUCUCUGUGCGUGCACACAUACUGGAUUAGUUGACAAGGGUCGGGAGCUUUUCAAUUCCAUGGUGAACAACUAUGGUAUUAAACCAAAGAUUGAGCAUUAUGGAUGCAUGGUAGACCUCCUGGCACGGAAUGGCUUGCUGAGUGAGGCCAGGGACAUGGUUGAGAAAAUGCCCAUGAAACCGGAUGCCUUAAUCUGGGGAGCUCUAAUGGCUGGCUGUAGGUUUCACAAGAAUGUGGAGUUGGCUGAGUAUGUUAUAAAGCACUGGAUUGAAUUGGAGCCAGACAAAAGCGGUGCUUAUGUGCUUUUAGGUAACAUAUAUUCUGCCUCUGGUAGGCAUGCGUCUGCGAGGGAAAUUAGGAACCUAAUGCGUGAGAAGGGAGUUGAGAAGACACCUGGAUGUAGCAAUGUGGAGAUAAAAGGAGUUAUCCACCAGUUCAUCGUUGGAGAUCUGUCUCAUCCUCGCAUAAAAGAUAUUUUGACAAAGUGGUAUGAGGUAGAUAGUAGGAUAAGGCUGGAGGAAGGUUAUGUGCCUGACAAGAAAGAAGUUUUGCUUGACAUUGAAGAAGAAGAGAUGGAAAGUGCACUCAGCCGCCACAGUGAGAAGCUGGCAAUCGCAUUUGCUUUGAUAAGUACAGAAGAUUAUAUGCCCAUUCGGAUUGUCAAGAACCUCAGAGUUUGCCAAGAUUGUCAUCAUGUCACCAAACUUAUAUCCAAAGUAUAUGGGAGAGAAAUUAUUGUUAGAGACCGAACACGUUUCCAUUUGUUUAAAGAUGGCACGUGUUCGUGCAAGGACUAUUGGUAGUAACUAAUAAAUUUAUCUAUUAACAGUGAUACAUGUCUCAUUAUAGAGCAUGUGCUGUUGAGCACAAAAAAAAAUCUCUUUCAUGAUA